AUGGCAGCAAGCUCCAUCCAACCAAAGGCUGUAAAGAAGACGAUACAUGACACCAAUAAGCCUGAUGCAAGGUCUAUUGUCGGUGCUACCCCGAAGGUUAUCCAUAGCAGAAUAACGGAGAAGCCAGAAGUUCAUGGUGCUGCACGUGAAGCUGCCCUUCGUCAAAUCAAGAUAAGAAUCAAGAAGACCAAGGAUGAAAAGAAUGCCAAGAAGGCAGAAGUACUGAAAUCUCAGAAGACUCAAGGCAAGGGCAACAUUCCCAUGGGAGGUGCACCCAAGGGACCAGAGCAUGGCGAUCGUGGUGGCAAGCGUUAG